UCAGAAGAAAUGUAGUUACUUACUUUAUAAAACAUAAACUAACAAUUAUACUGGCUUUAAAUAAUAAUAAUAAUAAUAAUAAUACAAAAUCCCUGAUAAACACACCACCGUUAUGGUCCAGAUGUUUUAGAGACACAUCACCUAAACAACACAAUUUAAAAUCAUGUUUGCAAAAAAAGUUUUCAAUUGUUAUCAAUAGAAUAUGAAAUAAUUUAAAAAAAUAAGAGUUUAAUUUUUUGCUACUUUAAUGUACACGGUGUUUUGGUUGAUAAUCUUAUUAAGUGGAAAAUAGUUUUAACAUAAUGUACAAUAUUUCAGUGAUGGUAAUACUACGUGGUAUUUGGAGGCAAAUAUACGUCGUGCGAAAAGUUCCAGUUCUUUUCAAAGUUUCUAUUUAAAACUCCUUUUAUUCACGUUGUAACAAACAGUAGAAACAGCAGCAGCAGCAGCAGCAGUGAUGAUGCUGCUGCUGCUGCUCUGUUCCAGUGUGGAGGAUGUUUGCUCCUCCUCGCCAUCCGUCGGUCACACCUUCCUCCCUCUGCUCCUCCAGCUCCUCUUACCUUCUUGCCUGCUCCGCUCAGCCUCGUUGUCUGGCUGUGAACUCUCACCCCAGCUGCUCGGGAAAAUGUCACACAGGCAGAGGCCCGUGUUGCAGUAGCGGGAGGAGGAGGAGGAGGAGGAGGAGGGGGCGGGGGGGCGUUGUAGUAAAGAGGAAGAGAGCACCGAAAAACAACAUCAUCUCUUUCUACUGCCUUUUUUUUCUCCAGCAUCUUUUAUUCGAUCUUUGUCGUGCAAAUCUGGCCACAUCCCGCUUCUCCACCACCACCACCACCAGCACCAGCAGCAGCGGCGCCGUCAACAUCAUCGGCAGCAGCAGCAGCAGCAGCAGCAGCAGCGGCGCCGUCAACAUCAUCGGCAGCAGCAGCAGCAGCAGCUGUGACAACUAAUCGCAGUCUCAAUUCUCCGCUCUCAUCAGAGGCUAACCGAGAGAAAUCCGUGCCAGACAUGGGGGAGAACGUGGUGUUCCUCUCACAGCUGUCCGUCCGUCAGACUGAGUGGCCUGUGACGGCGAUGCCCAGUAGAAUAUCCUGGGAUUGAACCGAGGAUCCCUUUACACCGAUGGCCUGGACUGAGUUUCAGCUGAGCCGCUGAAGCUAUGGGGAGCUGCUGGAGCUGUCUCUACAGAGACCCCCUCCGAGACAACCACCUCACCAAGUUUAAGGUCACCAAUGUGGAUGACGAGGGAAACGAGCUGGGCUCCGGCGUCAUGGAGCUCACGCAGACCGAGCUCAUUCUACACACACGCAAGAGGGACGCCAUCCGGUGGCCAUAUCUGUGCCUGCGCCGCUACGGCUACGACUCCAACUUGUUUUCCUUUGAGAGCGGACGCCGCUGUCAGACCGGGCAGGGAAUCUUCGCCUUCAAAUGUUCCCGGGCAGAAGAGAUCUUCAACCUGCUGCAGGAGCUGAUGCAGUGUAACAGCAUCAACGUGGUGGAAGAGUCCAUGAUGAUGAGCCGCAGCGGUCACACACCGGAGAUGGAGAUGUCCCGGACGCCGCAGACGCCCAACACCCCAGCAUUUCCUGUUCAGGCUUUUCCCAAUGGUUACCCCGGUUACCCCAUCAGAGGGGACUCCUCACAGCCCCCUCUUGGUGAUGACCACGGACACGGCCUCAUGGGUUUGGAGGACCAGACCCACACUUAUGUGAAUACUGUCAGCAUGGAGGGGGAUCUGUCCAUGCGUCACUGUGUGCACUCCCUGCCUGAGGUGCGUCCCACCACCUUCCCAGAGAACACGCGGGGCGCCAUGCCGGUCGUGGGCCAAGGGAACCCGGCGCCCAGCCUGCGCUGCUGUCCGCUGGAGGAGCAUAAAGACGCUCAGGUGUUCCUGCAACCCUCCACGCAGGAGGUCAAAUUCAGGCUGGGUCCCACUCCGGCACAGCGCCAUCUGCUGGAGAGGGAGAGGGAAAGGGAACGGCUCGGCCACAAUCCACACAACCUUCAGCCAGUAGAGGGCGCCACAGGCUCAGAGACGGAGGGAGACGAGCCGUCCGUGCACCGGUGCAACUCUCACUCCUACCACCAUUUCCACCACCACCCUCACCCUCGCCACCCGGGUCACAAGCACCCGGACGGCUGCGAGAGCGGGGAGCUCACCUACGAGAACAUCAACGGCCUGAGGGGGGGGCGGAAGCAGCGGCUGAGCCCCAGCAGCGUGUCGCAGUCCGUGGGCUCCAGCAGCAGCAGCAGCACGGGGGAGAGUCACUCCCACUCCCUGCUGCACACCCACGGCCCCGCCUCGCUGCCCCUGCAGGGCUACCCCUGCGACAGGAGCCUGGGCGGGGGUCACCGUCGGACGACUCUGCUCAACUACGAGAACCUGCCCUCGCUGCCCCCCGUGUGGGAGUACAGGGCUCUGCAGCGGGACGACGAGCAGGAAGAGGAAGACGACGAGCAGGAUGAAGAGGAGUACGAAGAAGACGAGGAGGACUUCGACGAGUACGAGUUCUCAGAAGGUCCGGGGACGCCCAACGGGUACCACCAGGACAGUCGGGGCGUCCACAGAGACGCCCUGCAGAACUAUGUCAACACAGAGCAGGUCCAGCCCCGGCUGCCCCACGCCUGCCCCCCGCAUCCACGACAGUGCCAGCCGGACCGAGGGGGGGGCAUCUUUAGCUUUGAUUUUGGCAGGCGGUCAAGGGCAGGGGUGGGGGGCUGCGAGCACGGCCACAUGCCCCCCUCACGGCAGCUGAAUUACAUCCAGGUGGACCUGGAGGGCGAGGCUCCCUGCCAAGCCCUCAGCAGCGGGGGGGCCCAGCCCCAGCCCACCCAGCACCAGCGCCUGCCACCUAACAAGUGUGGAGCACAGGCCCCCCGCCGCAGUGAAUGCUACGCCGUCAUUGACCUGAAGAAGACGGCCGCCAUGUCCAACCUGCAGAAAGCCCUCCCCAGGGAUGACGGGACGUCCAGAAAGACUCGCCACAACAGCACAGACCUGCCUCUGUAACCGCGUCUGGACCCAGGAGGAACCGCCGCCACAGACGAAGGCUUUUCCUCACCUUAGCACACUGGACCCUUCACUGUCAUCCAUCCAUCCAUCCGACUGUCGGGCCGACUGAUACACAACAGGUACCUAAUUAGAAACUCACUGGCGCCCACCUGUGGAUAAACAAGGAAGCGGGGAAAACUCUGAGUUUGAGUUUUCCCUUUAAUUCUGUCAGUUCUUAGACAAACAGUGUGUGGGUUUUUAAAAACAAACAAAACAAAAAAACAAAAACACUGUUUGCAGGAUGAGUUCAAAUUCAUAAAGAAGCAUAAAAUCACACAUAUAUCCGAGAAUCAAAAUGUCUACGAUUUUCUUGCUUAACUUUGACUCUGUUUUGUGUUGACGUAUUUAUUACCAGACUGUAUUCCAACAAAUUGAUUCCCUGAAACCAUAGUUACUCAUUACAUUACAUUACAUACAGGGAUGUCCGAUAAUAUCGGCCGACGAUGUUAGCGUA